UGUGCUUUUGUCUAUGCUCAUGAUCUGUUUGCUUUGUUUCUAGGGCUCAUCACAAUAAAAGAAGCUCAUGAUAUAGAAGCCAGACUUAAUGAAGUGGAAAAGCUUCUGAAGACUAUUAUAAACAUGCCCUGGAAGUAUUCAAGAUCUGAAGUUGUCCUCACGUUCUUUGAGAGAUCUCCUUUGGACCAAGUUCUAAAAAAUGACAAUGUCCAUAAAAUUCAGCCAAGCUUUCAAAGUCCAGUGAAAAUAUCAGAAAUCAUGCGAUCAAAUGGAUUUUGUUUAGCCAACACUGAAACAAUAGUCAUUGACCACAGUAUACCCAAUGGAAAAGAGAAGCACCUGGAUGUAGAUGCAGCAGAACACCUGUAA